AUGUUGUCGCGUCAAGUUGCUCGCCCAUUCAUCAACGCCGUCCGCAGACAUGGACACGGAAACCAUUCGGCUGUUGCACAAACUGGACAAGGACCAAAUACAUUCGUUAACGACGGAUGGGCUUCAGCUGUAAGAUUUUCUGAAAUUUUUGAAUGAAGAAAAAAUUAUAGAGCCGGGUUUAUGUUUAAUAUUUCCAUAUUUUUUAUCAGAGGUGAAUCAGACGUUCAAGCAUAGAUCGAAAAUUCUCACUCAAAUUUUAUUCGAAUAUUCCUUGAUUUCUCCGCAAGACACGAUUUUUUCACAAUUUUCAAAGAGAGAAAAGAAAAUAGUUAGAACAAACAAAUGACCAAAAUUUUCUCGAGAACUCUUGUAAAUUUCUCGCUGGCUUUCUAGAAUCCAAGUUAUAUCAAGAUUUUGUUUCAAGAAAUCGAAAAGUUGAUUUUUUUAAAUCAAAGUUUCACUCAAAACUAUCAAAAAAAAUUUUGAAAAUGAAAAAAAAAAUGUAUUAUCAAUAAAAUAAUACGUGACACAUACAUAUCCAUGACGUGGCAAUCUAAAAGUAAUUUCAAAAAUUUCUAUUUUUUCUAGCGUCUUCCAUUCCACGUCACCAACAAAUGGGGAUUCGCCGCGAAAGCCGUCACCUUCCUCGCCAUCGGAUUCUGGGCUCCAUUCAUCGUCGUCGAAUAUCAAUUGAGAAAAGCCAAUCAAUAA